CGCUCACGACUCUCAGAUUCUAUCCUUAAAACCACCCACAGAAGCCUAAGCUUGAAUUUCUUUUGAUUCUCAGUCCAGGUGUUUUAAGAGUGUAACCAUUGAUUUUGGCAUCAAAAAUGGCUUCACAACAGGAAAAGGCAAGGGAAGAUGUAAGAGGAAAGGAAGUGAGGGCGGAGGAGGCCGCCAGGGCCGCCGCCGAUGAGCUCCAAGAUGUCAACCGACAAAGAGGGGUUGGUCAAGAAGUUGUGAUCGAGCACCAUGAGACACGAUCAGAUCAGAACAGGCCUGGUAUCAUUGGCAGCAUAUUUCAAACGGUUACUGGCACUCUUGGCAGUGCCAAGGACGCUGUGACUGGAAAAACUCAUGAGGCCACCGAAAAGGCAUCGGUUGUCAGCGGAGAAGCUGCUGAACGGGAGAGACGAAACAACGAAGCAGCCCUCCGAAGGGCGGAGGAUUACGGUGCCGAUAAGGCGGCGGAGACAAAACAGAAGUCCAGAGAAACGGCGGAUGCAACUGCUCGAAAAGCGAAAGAAGCUAAAGAUACGACAAUGGAGAAAGCCAGAGAGUACAAGGACUACACUGCACAAAAAGCUGGUGAAGCUGCCAAUAAGACCGGCCAGUACAAAGACUACACUACACAGAAAGCGAGAGAAACCGCUGACUCAGCAGCCCAAAAGUCGAAAGAAGCCAAAGACUCAACAGUGGGAAAGAUGGGGGAGUACAAAGACUAUGCUGCUGAUAAAGCGAAAGAAGCAAAAGAUUAUACUGCUGAAAAGGCAAAAGAGUCAAAGGACGCAACAGUGGGGAAGUUGGGUGAGUACAAAGAUUAUGCUGCUCAAAAGGCGAUUGAUACAAAGGAUUACACCGCCGACAAGGCGACGGCUGCCAAAGAUUACACGGCCGAUAAAGCAAAGGAAGGGAAGGAUACGACUGUUGGGAAAAUAAGUGAACUGAAGGAUUCGGCUGCAGAUGCUGCAAGGAAAGCUAUGGGCUUUCUUACUGGCAAGAAAGAGGAAACUACAGAGAAUCUUUCUGCAACUGGAGAUGCUGCGAAGGGUACAUUAAAUGAGACAGAAGAAGAUGCAAGGAGGAAGUUAGAGACUAUGCAUUUGAAAGAUCAAGGGUACGAGGCCAAGGGUACACGCUUGGAUACUUCUGGGUCUGGAGGGCACAGUACUGGAAGGAGUGGUGUGGGAAAAGGUGGUGAGGUGGUGACUACGGAGGUGGCGGAGGUGGAACCAGUGGGCGGCACGGCUGAGGCACUGAAGCAAUCUGAUCAGAUGAGUGGUCAGGCAUUCAACGACGUUGGAUAUAUGGAAGAGGGUGGUGGAGGAGAUCGAGGAGGUGUGUAUCGUGUGCAAGUGAAGCGUGAAAAGAACCAAGAGAAGUGAAGGGUGAUGUGAUCAUGAUCAUGCAUGGGUUGCAUGUGGUGGUGUUUCUGUGUUGGAUAUAUAAAAAUGUUAGUCGAGUGAUGGGUGGUGUGCAUAUAUAAAUCUUUGGGGUGGCUAGAAUACUCUUGUAUUAUGUUGGUUUCGUUUUGUUUGCCAUCGUUCGAAGCUUAAAGGGAAUUAUGUUCUUUCUGUAGAUGCGAUUUUGGGUUUUUAAUAUGUUGUGUGC